AUGUCUGCUCCCACCCAGGAGUACUUUGAUGACCUUCUUUCACAGAUAUCUACCAACCUGCAAAACACAUCAAACACAUUCGGCCCCUCGUCACAACAAUACAAAGACGUCCUACAAACACUGAGAAACUGCAUAAAACAAAUCGAAGAAAACUUGAAACCUGAGAAACCGGUACCUCUGGAUCCCACGAUGCUCACACAAGCAAUGGAAUUGCUGAACUUGAGUGAUAAGAAUUCAUAG